GUCCAAUAAACGAAUUGUUGAAAAGGUUUGAUUAAUCUUGCCAAUGUUUUCUCCAAAUUGUACUGAAUAAAUGAAAUUUAAAGGAAUUUCUGAGAAUUAUGUAACUUUAUUAGAGCAUUAAUCUUUACUAACUUGUUGAAACAAAGAUGUGAAAUUUAUCUUUCAUGACAUUUGUUAUAAUUUAAAAACUAAUCAUGUUGGUUUUUGUUCAAACUCGUCAAGUACGGAAGUGUAAGCGCUGCCACCCACACAAUAAAAUUAACGCGGUAUGCGAUAAUUUUAAUAUUUCAAACUAUACUUUCAUGUCUGUACAGCACACUAUCAUGUUUUCACAAUAUAAUUGUAAGAAUGGGAAAUUAAAUUGUACAAAUGUGAAAAGUUGUUGGAACGGAAAAAUUAUCACGUGACAUUGCUCUAAUUAAAUUUUGCGUGGGUGGCAGCUGUGCUUCCAUAAUGGAGAGACCCCCUAAAACAAAAAUGUUUGGAAAUAAUACAAAUCCAUUUUUGUAAACAUGACAAAUAUUUGGUGCAAUAUUAAAUAAUUAAGAAUAUGCUCAUUUGCAUCUCACAGGAAUAAAUUUGCAGCUCCUUUUAUAAAUUUCCUGAAGGUUGAUGCCACACAUUGGGGGGGGGAUCUUGUCCCAAGACUUAUUUUUUUUUAUAAAGCAGGUGAAGUUUCCAAAUUCUAACAAAAUGUUUUAUAGUCAUCUAAAUUUAAAAAAAUCCCAACUUCAGGUAAAAACAUUUUCAUAAUAAAAAAACUUUAAAUUUCUAGUAUUUAAGGGUCAAAUACUCACCUGUGUGACAUUGUCAGCUAGGGGUGUGUAUAGGGAGUCUAAAGUGUCCACCCCUUCGGCUCAUGGGUCCGCUGACAGAAAAAAAUAAAUGUAAUGUAUGUGAACAGGGCUAUAAAUUCAUUUUCUGGUCCACUUUGCCUCUGCGCUGAGUCACACAUUUGUUGUACUUCACUUUAACUGAAAAAUAAUUGUGUGUUUUGACUAUGUUACAUAAUCUGAGAUUUAUCGGUUCGUACAAAUUCUUAAUUAAAAAUACUACAAAUUGUAUGACUUCACAACAGAAUCUCUUUUCCUCAAAUGUAGCUGCCUACAUGGCCAGAUUUAUAGUGUUUUUUCCACGUUUAAUGCUCCUUUUUACAUCCAAGAAGGAUCCAAAGCGUGCUAAACUCACAGCAAUUUUUCUUCUUUUUCAUCUCCUUGUCUGGUUUGUUGACGUAAAUUUGGUGAGACGAACAGUUGUAGUCCUCUACGUGUUUUUACACAAAAACUGAAGUAAAUUUUGCUGUCUGUUGAAAUUGAGCGUUUUUCUGGCAUCAAGAUGUGUCCUUAAAAUCCAUGGACAUCAUAGCACAUAUCAAACAGGAUCAGAAAAUAACUUCAGUCUGUCCGUAGAGUCUCCAGGUCAUUUUAUGGCAGUAGGGGAUCCACAGUCCAGAAACAGAUGGGAGUGAUUGGGCUCCAAUAGGGUUGGUGAUCGUGACAUCACCACAGCCACUGGUCCUUACUUGUUUAUCGUUAUUGUUGCAAACAGCGUGCUCAGUCUUGUUCUUUAAUCUAUUAUUCAGUUGAUAUUACGCAACUAUGGUAAACUGUUGCUGUGUUGUGGGGGGCAACGUGCGAUCGCCAGGGAAAACUGACUAACUUCACCUUUUUCUUGCUUGGAGGUAUAAUCACAAAGACCAAGUAUCUAAUGUAACAAAUUCUAGUCUUUCAUAUGGAUCCAAACCAUUUAUAAUGCUGACUUUGUUUAUAUCCCGCUCCCUGGAUUCCCUGUGUAACGUACUCCAUUCUAAAUCCUUUUCAGGAUUUUAACUUAUUUAACACUUCCUUUCUCCCAAAUCUGCGACACACUGUUUGUUUUCACAGUUUGUUUACACUCGUAAGGCCAAUAUGUCUGCACAAAUAACAGAACGCAAUUUCAUAAUUGUGUCUUAUCCCGAGCCCUGUUAACAAGAAACUGGCGAUGCAAUACACCGCGAUGCAUGGGAGACGAUAUAUCACGAUACUAACAGCCAUUUUUAAGACUGAAUUGAUUUUAUUGGAAAACUCAGACCAGACAAAUCCAAAUCACAUCCAUGGUUGUUGCCAGAUCUCAUUGUUCUGUCACAAAGAAGGCAGUAACACUACUGCCACCUAGCAGCUGGAGUUUGAAGUGCACCACAAAAGAAAAACAGUUAACGCUUUUAUGUAACUUCUCAAUAAUAAAAAAAAUCAAUACACUACUUUUAAAUGUCGAUUCAGUGUCAUAACAUAGUGAUAUUUGAGUGCAUCAUUAAUUUCUUACAUCCUAGUGUCAGUACAGAGAACUUUAUACACGAAACAACUGAAAGGGAUAAUCUACACAAAAAAAACACAAUGAAAAUGGUCAUUUUACUUAAUUUGGGUCAAGGGUUGUGAUAUAGUGUACAAAGUAAACUUUGCUCCACAGAAAACACUUAGUUGACGGUUAAUUUUGACGCCUUUAAGGGUCUGGAACCAGAAGUUGAGGCACAUCCAUAAUUUUUUGUCCCAGUUUCAUCAGGUUUGAGAUGGUUUACUGGGAAUCGUGUCAAACGUUCCGGCUGUUGAGAUGGGAAAUGUGCCGACUGUUGCUAGAUAAAUAAUAUUCACAUAUUUCUAAAUAAACAUUCACACACGUUUCUGUCUUGAAAAAAAACUUGCUUUUGAUAUCAAGUCUUUAAUUUACUUCUGUUUGACUGAAGAUCAGUGUAACAGCUGUUUACAUAAAUCAAGAACAGCCUGAAGUGGCAGCGAGCCUCAUUUUUAACACCAGUCAAGGUCUUCCUGCUGCCUUUGCCCAUAUGGCUUUUUCCCAUCAGUGUUCACCUCCCAGACUGGCAGGACCAGAGUUUAAAAGGAGCUCCAGUGUGGGCGGUUUCCACAUUCACACACCAUGAAGGCUCUGGUAUUCCUGGUGUUGCUUGGAGCAGCUUUUGCUGCAGCCGAGGAUGACAGAAUUGUUGGAGGAUACCAGUGUCCGAAGAACUCAGUUCCCUAUCAGGUGUCUCUGAAUGCUGGAUACCACUUUUGUGGCGGAUCUCUCAUCUCCAGCUUGUGGGUGAUUUCUGCAGCUCACUGCUACAAAUCGAGCAUCCAGGUGCGUCUUGGCGAGCACAACAUUGCCGUGAAUGAAGGAACCGAGCAAUGGAUACAUUGCAAUUACAACAGCUACAACCUGGACAAUGACACCAUGCUGAUCAAGCUGAUCAUUGCCACCCUCAACAGCUAUGUCCAGACCGUGUCCCUGCCCUCUCGCCGUCCUGUGGCCAAAGAAAACUAUCUGGUGUUCGCAUGGGGCAACACGUCAGCCAACGGAAGCAACUACCCUGACAGACUACAGUGUCUGAGGCAGCCAAUCAUCGACGACCGAAUCUGCAGGAAUGCCUACACCCAGCUCUUCACAGACAACAUGGUGUGCUCCGGUUUCAGGCAGGGCGGCGCCAGCAGCUGCCAGGGUGACUCUGGUGGUCCUUUGGUCUGUGGCGGUCAGCUGCAGGGAGUCGUGUCCUGGGGUUACGACUGCGCCAUGCAGGGACACCCCAGCGUCUACGCUCGCCGCGUGUGCCGCUACAACAGCUGGAUCAACUCUACCAUGCAGAACAAUUAAAUGCUUGUGGUUAAAUAUACUUCUGUUAACAAACUGUGUUUAAUUCUAAUACUCUGCAAGCAUAGUAGUGGAAAUAAAUAAUAGCAUAUACUUGGAUCUAUUGGUUUUGUUGUUUUUCUUUGACAGCUUCAUGCUAACAUGCAAUUUUUUUCCUCAAUAAUUCACCUUUUCAUGUUUUUAUGAUCAAAUAGCAACAUUUUGUUUUUAUUAUACUGUACCAUAGAUUCAUACUUGUCUAUGAAAUGCCUUUUCUCCCAUGUUACAGUAGGAUCUGGAUUGAUAUGGGAGGCAAGCAAACUUGAGUAAAUAAGCUGUAUAAGAUAAAGUUUUUCGCUCGUGUGUGUACUCUGAAUACUUCCCUCAGACGGCGCUUUGUAAAAUUCUUUGUUUCUUGUUUGCUGUAGCGACCUGAGCACACAUGAGAGAAGAUAAAAAGAUAAAGUAGGACUCUAAUGUGUCCAAAACAAAACAGGAAAGCAAUAAAUACACAAAACUGCUCUGCAAACACAGGUAUGACACAAUAUUUACAGGCUUUGUGUAAGGAAAUAACAGUAAACAGGAGCAUCUGUAAGAAUGUGUUUUUUGGUAUUUUGUUUUUAUAUAAUGAGGGCAACAUUGUGAGCUGUCGCCAUUUUCCCACCUUCAAAUAAAAAGUGUAAAAGAAAGUCCCACAUUUUAAAUAAAGAAUUUACAGCAAAAAAAACUAAAUGUUUCCCACGUUUCAAACCCACCUGACCAGCAAACCUGUCCAAAUCCCUCUGGCUCUGUGGUGUGAGUGGACGACCUCUAUUAGCACAAAAAAAAAUGUUUUAAAUCAAAAACUCAUUCAAAUCAUCACACUAUUUUCCUCUGAAUCCACGUAUAUUACCCAUUUGGGUCUUAUUCCACAAUCUUGAGGCUCUCAAGAGCCUGGAAGACCUUCUUUGCCACGUUCCUGGAGCCUAUGAUGAAGUGGGCGGGGCAUACACCGUUCCUCUGACGCCCACCCUAGAUCUUGAUCAUUGAGCCCACACCCACACCCCCUCUCAGGUACAGAUGACGAGCAGUAGAUGCUGGGCUACAUGCAGAAAAAAAAGCGUUCACGCUAUAUGUUGCAAUAUGUACCUGUUUGGUUUUAUCACAGGAAAGACGUGAAAUCUUAAAUUCCAACUUAUCGCCUGUGUGACAUUUUUCUGAUAUGUACGUCUUGUAGAUUACGUCCACAUCCGCCAAAGGGAUUGUGUGCUUUUACUGUAAAUAUUGGAUACGUUUUGGAACAUGUGAAAGACCUGUUUGACUUUACACAAUGAUCUGUGGAGGUAAAUGCUACAUGCUAAAACGCUAAAAGCUAAAAAUGCUAAAUCUGAUUCCUUAAAAUGAUAAAUGAUAAAUGACCUGCACUUGUAUAGCUCCUCUCAGAGUAAGGACUCCAAAGCGCUUUACACUACAGUGUAUCAUUCAUCCAUUCACACACACAUUCACACACUGGUGGGGAUGAGCUACGAUGUAGCCACAGCUGCCCUGGGGCGUGCUGACAGAGGCGAUAUACGGGGCUCUAUUAUGCAUAGACACUUUUGUUUCAUCUGAUUUAUUUUUUCUAAAAUCUUAGCUGCAUGUGGAUAAAUAGUUAAAUCAUGUGAAACGGUUGUUGUGUAACCAACCUGCCCUGGUGUAAAACCAGUUGUCAUCACAGGGGGCAAGCUCCUUGUGCCUGACGAGCUUCACCGUGACAACCCACUCAGGAAUCUCCAGUUUUCCAGAUCUGAAAAAUCAAACACUGAUUGGACUGUUUGUCUGCAAAUAAAAGGGAUCUGUGUACAAUCUUACGUUCAAAUACAGCAGUUUAGAAACAGGCAGGAGGAUAUUUUUCUCAAUGAAACAUAAAAAGAUUAAUUUGUUUUGUGAUUCAGCCAAGAUUGAAGAGAUUUCAUGAUAAAAAUACCCUUAAGCACAAUGACAGAUUGUGUUUUUACAGUGAAGCGUUGAGCAGAACUUGGAUCUUUUCAUUGAGAGAACACAAAUCUACUUCACAAUCAAAGAGGAUGUCACUGAUUUAUGAGAUGAGAAGAGUGACACAGUACUCGAGAUGAAAAGACGCACAUUAAAGAAAAACAAAUGGUGGAUUUUUAAAAGAAAAACCUCAGCAGCAUUGAAUUAAAUUGUAAAUAAUGUGAAACUGUGAAAAAAAUUAAUAACAAAAAAUAAACUCACCCUGUCAUUUAUAGAAUACUAAGGUGUAAACAAAAAAUCAUAACUGAAUUAAACCAUAAAAUUUCACAAAUAUUCAGAAAGCUGUAUAUGUUGGUCAAAGGUUGAACAUUCUCUUAGGAUUUGUUUUUAUUCAUGGUUUCAUCAAUAACAGUAAUUCAUGCACAUUCAGUAUUUUCUCUACAAUCUUGGAAAUCAACAAUAUGUUUUUUCUGACAAUUAUAAGAUGGUGUUUGUGUUUUUAUGUCAGCAAAAGUUUUGGUCAUUGGAACUUUUCAAUGGAUGCUAUUACUUCCUUUCCUUUUGUUGAAUCAUGACUUUUGACCUAAACUUGAACCAGAUUUGGCCACACUGUUUAGACAUGUCUUGUGUUCUCUUUAUUUUUAUUUUAGAACAGGAUAUGAAGUAUUGCUUUUUGAGAUCUUGUAGUCUACUUCAUGUUGUUGGUUAGGUUCUAUUGAAGUGAUUUCUUAAUCCUACAAGUCUGAAAGUAAUCAUGUUUGUGUGUGGCUACCGGGAUAGAUUUACAGCUAGUUCCCCGGUGGUGAUGUCAAAAACUGGGAAAUUAGCAUGCAUAAGGAGAGCAGAAGAGCAGAUGCUACUGGAGGAGCACCGGCUUUUCUCCGAACCCCUCCUGGAUAUCGGAGCUUCUCAGCUUAUAGCAGCCUGAGUGAGGGGUGGGUAGGCAUGGCCAGCCUAGCUUGUUUUCAUAAAAAUGAAAGGUACUGAAAAUGUGAAGGCUAAAAUUACAGGGAUUAUGUGCAAAGAACUUCAUGAACAUGUUUUAUAUGGUCCAUAGAAUCAUUUUAAAUAAAGAAAAAAGUUAUAGUUUGUCUCCUUUAAUAAAUUAUAUCAUUAGAAAAACCAGUUUUCUAUUUAAUGCGGUUGAUUUAUAUUUUGUAUUUGUUGCUUUGAAACAUUAGAAUGCAAAAAUAAAAAUAAAAUAAAUAAAUGUAAAAAACAAGAAAUAUAUAUAUAUAAGAAGAAGUAAUUUUUAUGUAAUUAGCAUGUCAGUUGCUCUCUAUGCACUGCUCUUCAUUAGCCCAUUAGCUAACUGUCAGGUCACGUGAACAUUGGUGUCUGGUCUGAGUGUUUGACUUACAUUUUCAGAAAAGCUGAUAAAACCUUAACAAAAAGUCUUGCUGGUUGACAUCUUUCACCGUUACACUGGGCAUCUAAAAGGCAAAUUGGAAACAAGGCUGUAGAUGCAGGACUAGCUAACUAAACCAGAUUGGUUCCAACAAGUAUUUUUCAGAUACAAUUGAAAGCCACGCGGACAGUUGUGGAGCUAGCUAUAUUCCAGUUUAGCCAACGCUAACAUGAAACAUCAGGAAGGAUGAUGCUGAUGAAAGAUGGAGUCCUUAUUUGGAAUAAAAUCAAACCAUGGCGUGGAUAAACCUCACUUCAGCCUCAAGUUACUUACAAACUAUUUAACCUGACCCAGCUGCUUUCUUGAACGCUUCGGAGCGAACAGAGAGGAGACAUGAGGAAGAAACCACUUAAAGGUAAAGGAUGUCAUAACAAGACUUCACAACAUGAAUUAUGAAGAAAUGCCGUGGUCAGCCAUAAAGGUUUUCCAGUGAGGAGUGAGCCCCAUGGAAAAGCUAUAAUAGUUUUGAGGAUGGGACCCGGUCCGGAUUGCGUAGACAUGGCGAGACGAAAUCUUUCAUGUCGGAACGCAUCAAUGACAAACGGUAAUCUCCCCAUGGCACGGACGAGCUAUGUCUGAUUUAAAUUUACUUCAUCUACAAGAGAUGAUUUGUUCAUUAGAAACAAUCAUAUGAAUACAUGAAACAGGAUGUUUUUAAACACUGAUAGAUUUUAUCUGUGCAUGAGACCGAAUGGCAAAAUGACCUUUGGUGUGCCUCGUUGUCCCUGAGACCCUUAACCUGUGAUGAUAUCAAAGGUCACAGGUGAGGUCCUUGGGAACAAAGCCUCACACAUUUGCUUCCAGGAGAAAACAAAACGUUUCACAUCAUUAACUUCACAUCAGUGGCAGUUCAAAUGUAAAAUUGUGUGGAGAAACAUUUUAAUGUACUUGAAGCUCUCUGUAGGGGACAGUACCUUCUGGCUGACUUUGUACUUUUACAUUUCAACAAAAAGACAACCAAAGGUUGUGACCCCGGUGUUAUGGCUCAGGAUUUUAAAAAUAUGCACAAAAGAAGCUGGAAAUUUCUCUCAAGAUUCAAACUAUUUGGAGCUAAAGAAAAAAAAUCAAUAAAAUUCAGUAAAUUGUUCAAAA